CCUCCUCCUCCUCCUCCUUCUCCUCUUCCAUCCCUCACUUGAUGCUAUCCCAGUGGCGGAGGAGAGCCUGCACGACAGAGGAGACGAACCAAGGGGCAAUCACAGACGCGGUGGCUGAGCAAAGCGAAGAAACGGGAAAGAUGGCACUGGCAUCGCUAUUCCAGUGUCUCGGCACAUUUCUGGUUAUGUUCUGGAGCGUGUCGUGGUCCCCGGUCCAUUCGGCCUCUGCACCUGAGAACGAGGUGACCCUCCGGCCCAACGCGUGGUUAUCGGAAGGGAAGAUCACCACCAUGACGCUCCCUAAAGGACGCACUCGCAGGCUGUACUUCACACUGAGGAAGGCCCCGGCCAUGUCGGUUACUGUCAGCCCGUGUGACUCCCCCAUCGAGUGGAGCCUGUCUGCUCGCACCCUGAAGGACAAACCUCUCAAGAGUCAGCAGUGGAGUUCCAAAAAGAGCAUGCCCGAGAUGUGGUGGAGGGGUCCUGGGAAUGAGGAGAAAAUACACACUUUUUCUGGCAGUGCAGUGGACAACUACAGCAGUCCGGCAUACCCCCGUGCAUCCAUCUACAUCCUGAGGCUGCACUCAAAGCAACAAAGCAGCAGAGCUACAGUGUACCUCCACCAAGGUCCGGGGCCCUCGGGUGCCUUCCCUCUGAUUCCGGCUGACCCCAGAGUACACACGUUGGGUGUGGGGAUGACGAGCGUCACUCUCAGCUGGGCUCCCAGCGCCUCGCUGGCCAGUCCCGCUCAAGACAAAUAUGACUAUUGUGUCCUGGUCAACUCUGAACGCAACUUUCACAGUCUUUGCGCGGCCCAAAAGAAUGCCAGGGAGGAGAGAGAUAAAUCCCGAGAGAAGACAGAGAAGAAGAGGAGGGUGACAGCAUGGCCCAUCCUAAAGGAGUGGUGGUGGGAGCAGUGGGAAGUGGACUUGGAGAAACAGACUCCAACUUCCAAUGGAGAUCUCCAGUGUGUCUGCGAGGGAACUGAGAGCGUCUGCACUGUGUCCGAGCUCCUACCUGACACACAGUACUACUUUGACGUCUUCGUGAGGGACCGACUGAAUGGGACCAGCAUGGCCUACGAGGGGACCGCUGCCUGGACCCACGGCGAGGCCGGGCCGUCCAUCACCACGUUAAGGGAGGGUGAGCUGAGGUGGGUCACCUUCUACGACGGAGGCCCCAGAUCAGAGAAGUUCUUCAGCUUCCGUCCCCACGGCUCGCAGCAGAACGGCCUCCUCACCGCACAGAACUGCGGUGGAGGCAGCAAAGUCCAGAUCACCGUCUCGAGUAAAGGUCGUGUUCUGACCACCGAGGCUGUGGGGAAGGACAUGGUGCAGAUUUGGCUCCACGGAAGCCAGGUCUAUCUCAUCCACUUGGAGAGGGAAGGAACCGCUAUGAGCAAGAGCUCCACCACUGCUUUACCUGGGGUUCUGAAGACUUCGGUCAAAAUGCAGACCUCGUCCGCCUACCACCGAAAGGGCGUCCCAUCCCUUCCGUCUACCUUGCAAGUGAAAUCCUUCAACCGCUUACGUGGGUGCGACAGCGUCACCCUAGCUUGGAUGGGCACAGAGGAAAGGAGCCUCUACUGUGUCUACCGGCGAAAGCUGAGGAGCCGACAUGGCGAGGACGCCCUCGAUGCAUCCUGCCUGGGACCGGAAUCCCGCUCAGAUACCGAGAGGGUUCUCUGCAAGUAUUUCCAGGAGCUGAACCCGAGGCGGGCCGUCACCACGGCUGUGAUUGGGAGCCUGGAGGCCGGGACCACUUAUGUGUUUGAUGUCUAUUUAAUGAGACGCUGGGGGAUCCCUGUCAAGUAUGCCAGCAAGAUAGUCAAGACCAGGAAGGAGUGUUGAGAUGCCGCCCCCUGCAGGAGGGUUGUGGACUAAACUGUAAAGACUGACCAUGAGAAUGAAGCCAUUUGACUGUCAUUGGAAAUAAGGAAGUAUUUAUUACCUUCUGGAGGAGCAAUGGUUUGACUGGCCGCUUGUCUUCUUUUGAGGAUGCGAAAUGAAUCCGCACACCAGCAAACAUUCAUAAUAAUCAUAUUCAGUACUUACAAAAGAAUGCUCACAUCUCUUCUCAUCGUCCAUCAUGAUAAUGAUGUGGGAGGGGUCCAAGUGCUCGUUUUGUGCGUGAGUACAAAGAACAGAUGAGGUUUGCGUUUUCAGAAUACACACGCACAAACAACAGAGACCGUGUGCCAAACGUGCAACAGAAACAGA